AUGGACAACGUUAACAAGUACCGCUGGACGCCGUCUGGUGGCAUGCCUAUCGAUGACUUCUUGAAGAAGUAUAAGCCGUCACUUCUAGAUAAAACGGAUGCGCCCUGGAUCUGGGUGUCGACCGGGGGCGCUAGAGACGACCCCGAAGCCGAGAACAAUGCGCUCGUCAAGGCGGUCGGCAAGGGGCAAGUCGUGUUAGAUGAAGUGACGAAGCGCGUCGCCGCCAUCGAGAAGGACGACAAGAUUCCGGUGCGCGGGAAGAAGGGCGUGCUGAGCAAGAAGCAGGCGCGUGACGAGGCGCAGAAGAAGGCGGCUGACGCGCUGAGGGAGAUCUCGCUCGAGAUGAGUUUUCCACGUACCGAGAGCGUCGACGCUGUGUGGGCCAAGAUCGCACGCUCCGUUGCCUACGGGCCACUUCGCGAUGCUGGCGUCAUGACCGCCAAAGUCGCCACGCUUGACCCUAUGGCAGGAGACAUGGGAACGCACGUCGUCAUUAUCUACGUGGAUAACAUCUACGACAAGGACAUGGUGACGAAGGUGCUUGUCUCGCUGCUGGAGGACCACGGGAUCGAUCCGAGCGCGAGCAAGAGCGACCUGUACACUUUGCUUGGGAUCGACUCAAAGCACGCCUCUGGCAUGCGCUCUAGCAUCUGGCGCUCGAGCGAGCUCGUCAAGGACGUGAAGGCGCUCAAGGCCAAGUACAAGCCUGGUAGUGAGAAGAAGUGGGUCCGCAAGGAUGAACCCGAGGCAAAGCCGGCCAGCAAGAGCCCGAGGAAGUCUGGCAGCAAGGAGCCUAGCCCGGGGCUGGAGAAGGGGGUGUCGUUCUCGGACAAGGUCGACGUCAAGGCAGAGCCACAGCGUUCACCAGUCAAGCAGAACGGGCGGCCAACGAAGAGGCUCAAGUCUGCUGCGGCGAUAUUCAAGGAGAACGACAUCUUCGCGUCGGACAGCGAAGAGGAGUAG